CCGGCCCCCAAGAGCAGCUUCUGACAAUGGCUGGGGCACCAGUGAAAGAGAGAGCUCGGGCAAGGUGCCUGGCCAGGGCCUCAGCCUCAGAAGGGCUGGAGAGCAAGGGGAGCAUGGUCAUGGAUUUCUUGGUUCCACAGAUGCCCCACUCCAGCCUGCAUUCAUCCAUCCCAUGUCCCAGAGGUCACGGGGCCCAGAAGGCAGCCUCUGUCCUGCUGGUUGCCUGCUUGGUGGCCCUUUGGGGGCUGAAGGAGCCACCAUCCCACACUCUCUGGUACCUGGUACUCCAUCUUGCCUCCCUGCAGCUGGGACUGCUGUUCAAGGGGAUCUGCAAUCUGGCUGAGGAGCUGUGCCAUGUCCACUCCAGGUACCAGGGCAACUACUGGAGGGCUGUGUGGGCCUGCCUGGGCUGCCCCAUCCGCUGCGGGGCGCUGCUGCUACUGUCCUGCUAUUUCUACUUCUCCCUCCCAAACAUGGCUGGCCUGCCCUUCACUUGGAUGCUUGCCCUCCUGGGCCUCUCACAGGCACUGAACAUCCUCCUGGACCUCCAGGGCCUGGCCCCAGCUGAGGUCUCUGCAGUCUGUGAAAAACGGAACUUCAAUGUGGCUCAUGGGCUGGCAUGGUCAUAUUACAUUGGGUACCUGCGGCUCAUCCUGCCAGGACUGCAGGCCCGGAUCCGAACUUACAAUCAGUUCCACAACAUGCUACGGGGCGCAGGGAGCCGGCGGCUCUACAUCCUCUUACCAUUGGACUGUGGGGUGCCUGACGACCUGAGUGUGGCUGACCCCAACAUUCGCUUCCUGGAUGUGCUGCCUCAGCAGAGCACUGACCGUGCUGGCAUCAAGGGUCGGGUUUACACCAACAGCAUCUAUGAGCUUCUGGAGAACGGGCAGCCGGCAGGCACCUGUGUCCUGGAGUAUGCUACCCCCUUGCAGACCGUUAAGCUGGAUUCUAAGUGGGGACACUUCUCUGACGCUCAUGACCUUCCUCCACUCAUCCAGACCCCAGCGUGA